AUGGACUUUUUCAACUCUGCUUCUGGAAGAAAUAUCACCUUUGUGCGUCCUGAAUAUUUUAUUAUAAGUGGAUUUAUUGGUAUACCCAACAUGAAGUAUUACUAUGUCUUUCUCUUUUUUCUUUAUGUAAUUUCAGUACUUGGAAACACGACUGUAAUGGCUUUAAUUUGUCUGGAUCGUAACCUUAAAACUCCUAAAUAUAUUGCUGUCUUUAACCUUGCAUUUGUGGACUUGUUAGGUAGCUCUGCUCUAGUUCCAAAGGUGAUAGAUAUCUUUCUGUUUAAUCAUUACAACAUCUCGUACAAUGACUGUUUGACGUUCCUGUUUUUCUGUUACACCUGCCUUUCAAUGCAGUCUCUUAAUCUGCUUGCUCUCUCCUACGAUCGACUGGUAGCUAUCAUCUAUCCUCUGCACUAUCAUGUGAAAAUGACCCACAGAUUUAUGUUCUCUUUGAUUGCUACUUUCUGGAUUAUUGGGAUAAUCGCUACACUUGCUGCAGUUGGUCUUCUCACAAGACUUUCCUUUUGUAAAUCUGUGGUUAUUAACAGCUACUUCUGUGAUAAUGGCCAGAUAUACAGACUUGCAUGCAAUGAUUAUACUCCUAAUGAUGUCAUUGGCAGAUUGUUGCCCAUUCUUAUUCUUUAUCUUCCCUUUAUAAUUAUCAUGUGUAGUUACAUUUGCAUUGGCAAAGCUUUAGCUAAAGUAGCCACAGUUCAAGAAAGAGUGAAGGCCCUUAAAACUUGUUCAGCCCAUCUUUCCUUGGUGGCAAUCUAUUUUAUUCCAAUAAUAACCACAUUUGCCAUGGCUGCAGGAAUAGAUCCAAAUGCCAGGAUUAUAAAUUUGUCUUUGACCUCAGUCUUACCUCCUAUGUUAAAUCCAAUUAUUUAUGUUCUGCAGACACAUGAAAUCAAAGAAUCAAUGAAGAGACUAUUAAAAUUUAGGAGAAACCUUUAUCCCUCCUUUAACCUCUCCUCUGUUCAGCAGCUUUUCCUCCCGCAGUCAACCUCCCGGCGGCCCUUCUCUGUUCACUGGAUGAAACAUUCUGUGCCCUGUUGGAUUUCACUGCUGGUACGUUAA